AGAUUGCUUUUUGGGUUUGGUUAUGUGCAGAGUGUUCCCUACACGGCCGGCGAGCCCGUUGCGGUGGCUGAAGGGAAGAGCAAGAGGAAGAGCUCUGGUGCUCCCUCCGUUUGUAGUGCUUCUGCUUCUGGCAGUGACGGCAGGAGCAAGGAGACAUCAGAGAAAAGAGAUGCUAGUGCCGAGCACAAGCUAUUACCUUCAACAAAGAGGAGAAAGGCCACUAGUGCAAAUGUGCAAGGCGAGCCAUCUCAGAAUGCAACAAUGCAAGAUGCUGCAGCCGAGACCCGAAGCGCAGCAAAGAGGAGAUCUGAAGGAAAGCUCUUGGUUUCGACAACUGAAAUGACAACAAUUUCCAAUGCAAGACCGAACUUGAACAUUGGAAUAAAUCUUUGGAGUAAUUCUCCAGUUAAAGCAGAGACCUCUGGACAGGUUAUAAAUGCAGCAGCACCUUCCCAUGAUAUCCCUUUGUCACAUAUGCAGGAUGAACGAGAACUGAAGAGGGAGAGAAGAAAGCAAUCUAACAGAGAGUCAGCAAGGAGAUCAAGACUACGCAAGCAGCAAGAAUGUGAGGAGCUAGCCCAGAAGGUAACUGACCUGACUGCCAUUAAUGGCACACUAAGGUCAGAACUCGACCAGCUUAAGAAGGCAUGUGAAGACAUGGAAGCAGAGAAUUCACAACUAAUGGGUGAAUUGGAACAGGGCGAGGCGCCUAGUGUUGUAACAACUUUGAGCAUGCAUAUUGACACGGCAAAGGUGCAUCAUGGGAAGAGUCAUCAACAUCGUGAUAAAAAUAACAAUGAUAACAAGGGAUAGUAUUGAGUAGCAACCAUGUAGGUGUUGGCUCUAGAUAAGGCUAAAAGAUGAGAUGAGGUGCUUAAUAUUAACUGCGCCAUCGCCCAUUAUCAUCCGUUUUUGCUUCCGUUAUUACAGCUGCAACCAUAUCGAAAGCUACUGACAAGCUUUCUGAUACGGACAGAGUCUAUCGCUUUGUUCGGCUGGGAGAUUCAGCCAGCCACAACAGUAUUUUCCUCUCACGCCAAAUCAGCCAGCCAGCCAACCAGCAGUAUUUUCCUCUCACGCCAAAUCAGCCAGCCAGCCAGCCGA